AUGGUCUUAGCGUCGUGCACUUACCUCGAGGAUAUCCACCUGCUAGGGAACCGCUUCUCCGGCGAGAUCCCGGAGAGCUUUUACACAUUAACGAAUCUCUUGCGUGUGAAUUUCACCGGAAACAGAUUCUCCGGCAAUCUAUCUACCAAUUUCAACAACCUCACUAAUUUGAGGACUUUGUAUCUGGAAAGCAACCAGUUUACCGGACCGAUUCCUGAUUGGAAUAACCUAACCAACCUCAGAAAUUUCAACGUUUCCUUCAACAUCGAUGUAACGGGAUUAAUUCCGUCGACAUUAGGCAAUUUUUCCGAUCAAUCCUUUUUAGGAACCUCUCUAAGCAGAAAAGUCCUUCCGCAUAGGUCUCCGGCCCCACGCUCCCCCGCCGGCGACAUUAGGACUCCAGUUACUGAGCAAUACAACUGGCGUAACAAUGAAUAUUCCGAGACGAAGAAGGACAGCGAUGGAUUGGUGUUUUGGGGGAAAGAGGAUGAGGUUUUCAGUUUGCAGGAGCUGCUUAGCGCCUCAGCAGAGGUGAUGGGGAAAGGGACGAUCGGAUCAACAUAUAAGGCAUAUUUUGAGAGCGGAAUUCAAGUGGUUGUAAAGAGGUUGAAGAAUGUCUCUGUUCCAGAGGCCGAGUUCAGAGUCAAAAUCAAGGAGGUCGGAUCGCUUCUUCACCGGAAUCUGGAGCCUCUCCGUGGCUACUUCUACGGUACGGAGGAGAAGUGA